AUGCUCCCUGAACGUGGACAAAAUACGUGUCAGUCUUUGACUUGCACAUGUGAAAACGCUCCUGCUCAAGCCUGGGUCAAUAGUUUUUUGUUUGUAGGAUCGUAUUUAUUUUCUCUCUCUCUCUCUUUCUCUCUUUCUCUCCCAUUUUCUCCCUGUCUCUCCCCGUAUAUCUCCCUCAUUCUUUCUCUCUCCCUCCCUCUCUCUUUCUCUCUCUCCCUCCCUCUCUCUUUCUCUCUCUCCCUCUCUAGUCCUCUCUCCCCCUCUAUCUCCCUCUCUUUAUUCCUCUCUCUCUUUAUCCCUCUAUCUUUCUCUCUCUUUCUCCCUCUCUCUUUCUCUCUCCCUCUCUCUCUACCUCUAUCUCCCUCUCUCUUUCUCGCUCUUUCUUUCUCUCUCUCUUUCUCCCUCUCUCUUUCUCUCUCUUUCUCCCUCUCUCUUUCUCUCUCCCUCUCUCUUUCUCUUUCUCCCCCUCUAUCUCCCUCUCUCUUUCUCGCUCUUUCUCUAACCCUCUCUCUCUAUCUCUAUCUGUCUCUCUCUCUUUAG